AUGUCGUUCAUCACGAGUAGAAAACCAGGUCUCGUGCAAAGUGAAUCGGGUCAACGAAUAAACAUGGCGAAAAUUGAUGAAAGCAUUUUCACCAUGUGUCUAACCAUUUCAUUUUUUUUUCAUACUAAGAAACUGUGUCUGUCUGACUUCUACAUGACCGUCUGUUUAACUCUCUGUCUUCUUUCUUUCUGUCUGUCUGCCAGUCUUUGUCUGUCUCAUCUAUAUGUUUGUCUGUCUGCCUGCCUGUUCAACCUCACUAUCUGUCUGUCUGUUGCUGUCUAUGAUAUAUUGUUGGCAACAGCUUCUGUCUGUCUGCCUCAUCCUCUCUGUUUGACUGUCUGUCUGUCUAUCUCAGUUGCCUGCUUACCUGCCUAUCUCUCCUCACUAUCAAUCCCCGUCUGUCUGUCUGUCUGUCCUCGUCUGUCCGCCUGCAUGAGAUGCUAUUGGUAUAAGAUUCUGACUUUUCCUCCUAUCUAUCUAUCUAUCUAUCUAUCUAUCUAUCUAUCUGUCUGUCUGUCUGUUCUUAUUCAUCUAUCUAUCUAUCUAUCUAUCUAUCUAUCUAUCUAUCUAUCUAUCUCAUCCUGUUCAUAUCUAUCUAUCUAUCUAUCUAUCUAUCUAUCUAUCUAUCUGUCGUUCUGUCUGUCUGUCUGUCUGUCUGUCUCUCAGUCUGUUUCUAUCUCUCUAUUUAUCUAUCUAUCUAUCUAUCUAUCUAUCUCUAUAAAAUCUCAGCCUUCUGUCUUCCGACCUCAACUCCCGAAUGAUUACACCAAAUACUCCCGAGAAGAGGCGGGAAAAAAAGGAACUGAGGCGUUGUACUCGUUAAUCGCAGCAACUUUUGAAGCUACACUCAACAACUCUUUUUAUUUUCUGCAUACAAUACGAACAGUCUUCCUUUCUCUCUCUCUCUUUCUCUCUCUCUCUCUCUCUCUCUCUUUAAUGGUGCCCUCGUUUCUGAACCCCGUGACACAGUGCCAAUCAUUGCCAACUUCCCACCCAAUCUCACCCUGUCCUCGACCUCAUGCAGGAGUAAAUAAAUAA